UUAAUUUUUUAUUUAAUUAAGAUAUAAACUUAUUAAAAUGGGUUUGUUAACUGAUAAUCGUAGUGGCCAGAAUGCAUUAAUUGAAUUUAUAAUUAAAAGACAUAAUAUAUUAUGCUACUUACUAUAUUUAGGUGGAAUUAGUUUGUUUUUAGUUUUAGCUCACGAGUCAUUAAAUAAUAAAACUUAUUUUAGCGAAAAUGCAUUGUUACCAGGUUUAGUAAAUAAUGAAUUUCGAGAUGAAAAUUUGGCCAUGUCGUAUCAUGAAGAAUUACUUGAGGAGCAGAAAAAAUAUCCUACUGGAAUUCCAUAUGCAUGGCUUUUAGCAAAAUUUAGUCAAAUUGGAUUGGAUACAUAUACACAUAAUUUUACGUUGCAUUAUCCAUUAGCAGAUGGAAGAUCAUUUCGUGGGAAAAAUGUUUAUGCAAUUCUGCGUGCACCACGAGCUGCUAGUACUGAAGCAUUGGUAUUGUCAACUCCAUAUCGUCCACCGAAUAGUGCACAUCAAACCACUGCAGCUUCUAUAGCACUUAUGCUUAGUUUUGCGAAAUUUUGCAAACAACAAAAAUAUUGGGCGAAAGAUAUAAUUUUUUUGAUUGUCGAACAUGAACAACUUGGUAUGCAAGCAUGGCUUGAAAGUUAUUUAGGAAUUGAAAGAACUAAAACAUCAGCUUUAAAUUCUGGAAUGUUAAUUGGUCGCGCUGGAGCUAUUCAAGCUGCAAUAAAUCUAGAAUUUCAUUCUGAGAAAAUAGGUUAUAUUGAUAUUAAAAUUGAAGGAUUAAAUGGUCAGUUGCCGAAUUUAGAUUUAGUUAAUUUAGCUGAACGAAUUUCGACGAUGGAACGCAUUCGGCACACAUUUAAACAACGAUCGCAAAAUAUUAAAACUGAUUCGUUUAAUAAAUGGUUUCAUUCUUUUGAAACUUUAAUUUCUAUGGUUUUGAGUUUAGCCACAGGGGUUCCAACUGGAAAUCAUGGAUUAUUUCAUCGUUAUGGAAUUGAAGCGAUUACCUUGCAAGGAUUUCCACGAGAAGGAAAUCAAAAUUAUGCAACUUUUUAUACACAAGGAAGAUUAUUGGAAGGAAUAUUUCGUAGCUUAAAUAAUUUGAUUGAAAAAUUCCAUCAAAGUUACUUCUUUUAUCUUUUGCCAUCGUUGAAUCGUUUUGUUUCAAUUGGUACGUACAUUGGAUCAUUGAUUGCAUUCACGGCUGCGUUAUUGGUGAAAGCAUUAGCUUUAUGGUUACAAAUACGUGACAAACCUGAAGAGAUUGGAUUAUUGAAAUCAAAUAAUGAACCUUCCUCCACAUCUAAACAAAAUUCUAUAAGUACACCUGAAAUCAUUAAAAUUGGAACAAUAAUGUUACUAACGCAUGCGUUAGGAAUUAUUUUUAUGAAUAUUCCAUCAUUUUUAACAAGAGCAUUGGGUCAACAUAAUUUAAAUACGGAACAAUCAUUAUAUUAUGGUUUUUGUGGAAUUUCAUUAUUUACAUUAGUUGUACCAUUUAUUUGCCGAUUGGAAGAUGAAAAAAGUGCGAUUGUUUUAAAUAUUAUUGCAUUGUUAGAAUUUGCUACAGCAUUAACGGCUAUUGGUUCACAUAAUUUUUCAUUGGGAUUUUUAAUCGGAGCGAUGUAUGUACCGUGGAUUUUAUUAAUUUCUCCAAUUUCUAAAAGUUCAAUAAAAACAGCAUUACAAAUAAUUAUUUGGUUAAUUUGUCAUCCAUUUUUAAUAAUGUCCGCAAUAGUAAUGGUAUAUACGUAUGUAAUGUUUCCAGAAGAAAAUUUUAAGGAUGUUGUAAAUCGUGGAAUUUUUGCUACACAACAAGCGUUAGUUUUUACAAUUGUUGAUUCAUUAAUAUAUGGCAAUUGGUUAUUUAAUGUGGUUACAGCGAUAUUUGUGCCCACUUGGAUGAGUUUUUAUUGUAUGUUCUAUUAUCAAGUGAAAAAUGUUGAUAAUAAAGUCAAGAAAGAAUAAAAGAUUUUAAUAAUUAGUAAA